AUGCCAGGCAAGGAAGACACAUAUCAUUGGGCCUUGAUUGUGAGGCCAAAGAUUGAAACGGAGGAUGGGAUGGGAUUCCGUUACGACGCAAAGGAGAAGCCAAAAAUUGGAGGUGGUUCUGAAUGGUUCUUCGAAGAGCGUGAGCGUCCACUUGCCCCUACUAGCAUGGUGCUUUUUCGUAUUACGGCUGGGAAGGUAGCGGAUGGAAAUCGCUUAGUUGAGAUUUUGCGAAAUACACCUAUUCGGCAAGACCAACCUGGUUGGAACUGUGUUCUCUGGGUUAAAGAGGCUCUAGAAAGACUCAAAGUUGAUCCCAAGGCCUUGGGCACGAGCGCCAUUGAGUGGGAAAAGAUGCGCGAUGAGGCGAUGGGUUAUUGCCAACAAAAGAAAUACCAGCACCCUUUUGACGGGCAGGGAAACUUCAAUAUGAGAAAGGUUCCCACAUAUGACUGA